UUUCGUAAAACACUUAAAAGUAGCUAAGGCAGGGGAGAUCGUUGGUCGUUUUUGGACCUGUUAGCCCUCGAAGUACGACUGAGAUAAAAUGGCUUUUCACCAGUACCUCAUGCUCAUGCUUUCGUCAACUGUCUUUUUCCUCCUCGUUCGCGAAGGAACGACUAUGCCAAAAGGUCCGCCUCCUUGGGCAAAAGCGAAAGCUUUCGGCCAUGAUAAUUUGGACGGGGAUAUUCUAUUGAAUCAAGAACUACUGCAGCGUCUACAGAGCAAAACCGACCCAGAAGCAAAAUACGAAACUAGAAACAUCCUCAAGGACAGCAAGUACAAAUGGCCUGGCGGAGUCGUUCCUUUUAUCAUCGAUUCGAGUUUUGACGAUUACCCUCACGAACGCACGAUGAUCAACAGCGCCAUUGGUGAAGUCCAUAAAGUUUCCUGCGUUCGUUUUGUCCAGCGGACUUCAGAGGCACACUAUAUAACAUUCGUCAGAGGUUCAGGUUGUUCAUCUUAUGUUGGUUAUUUGAAAAUGGCUGCACAGCCCGUGUCGAUUGGAACAGGGUGUGCUUUCACUGGCACGAUAGUACACGAACUACUACAUGUACUAGGCUUCUUUCACACUUCUUCACGAAAGGACAGAGAUUCGUACGUAGUUGUCUACCCAGAUAACGUGCAGUCAGGAUAUGAACAUAAUUUUUGGAAGUACAACUCGGAUCAAAUACAGAAUUUCGGCGCCCCGUACGAAUUGGUCUCUCUUAUGCAGCCCCCGAGGAACGCCUGGUCAAAGAAUUCUCGAAACACUAUCGAAUCAAGAAAGGGACCUUCAGUUGUCCUUGGUAACCCAGACAGGAUGACUGAGAUUGAUAUUGGACAGUUGAAUACUUUGUACGAAUGCACCAACUACAAAGUAUGCUAUCAAUGGCUAGGAAUGCAAGAUGGUCGCAUCACCGACUCCCAGCUCACCGCGUCGUCGCACACUCCUUACGAUGACCCUCACCAAGCCAGACUUCACCUCAGCAGCACUGGUAAAGGCAACGGGGCGUGGUGCGCGGGAUCCAACUCAGUGGGCCAGUGGAUCAAGAUUGAUUUAGGGUCGUACAAGUACCUCAAAGGCAUCGCUACUCAAGGGAAAGUGGACCCUUUCAGCGGUUCCUCAUGGGUAACGCAUUACAACUUUCACUUCAGUUAUGACGACUCCUACUGGUACGACUACGCUACUUGGUAUAGUACUGGACUGACUGGGAACUUUGACGAUUUCUCAGUCCAGUACAACUCCCUUCCUGUUGUAAUAUCUGCGCGCUACAUAAAGAUAUUGCCAAGCAAAUGGAACAGGAACAUGUGCAUGAGGAUAGAGUUAUAUGGGUGUGACGUGUAAUGAAGUUCARUGCUCAGUAGAUGGAAUAUUUUGUGUACAAACGGUUCAGAACACCAAGGCCAUUGUACAUAUUAGCGUCAUCAUUACCGUUAAAGUACAAAACCUAACACUGCUAAUCGUGCAUCGGGUUAAAUUCUUCAUUUAUUUGUUUGCUCUUUGCGUUAUGAAUCUAUUAAAGUUUAAGUGGAUUGGA